AUGUUUAAAGAUAUAAACAAUAUGUGCAGAGCUGUGGAAGUUAUUGAUAGGUUAGAAUUUGAAAGUCUACUAUAUAUAACACAAUUGAAGGAGAAAAAGGUAUUUAAUAACAAAAUAUAUAAGGAUAACGAAAAUAUUAAAAACAAAGGAGUAGGUGAAAAUAAAAAUGGAAAUUAUAAUAAAAGGUUUAAACAGGCAGAGUAG